ACCCUAGGUACGGCUAAGUGAAAUGUGAAAAGUCACUGAUUUGCAAUAUAAAUACCGGGUUUUCGCUUAGCAAGAAUCAAGUAUUAGUUGCCAAGCAACCAAAACGCAAAAAAUCUCAAUUUCCGUGAAUUUGUUGGUUACGGGGGUUUUGCUUAGGACAGCAGCGUUGGGGUGUGGGAUGAUCAGUACCCAAGGAUUAGACGUAAGAUGCCCGUCAAUUUAUAAACAUCUCAAUAAUUAUACGACUGUGUUAGUACUGUUAGUAUAUAUAGUAUGAUUUCUAUGGACAAAUAUUGACAUACCGUGCUGUAGCGUUCCCCCACCGCAAUGAUUAUUAUUUUCCUCCUGUCUGUUCAUGCUGUCAUGCAUUCAGUAAGCAAGUUUAUGAAAUCUGACAACACUGAGAAACGAAUUUCAUUUGUCCUUUUCAGUCUGUCCUCCAUUUUCUUCGAUCAUUGUUGAAAAUAAAGAUAUACAACCAUGGAAAAUGAUGCAGGAGAAACCGUUGACCUUUACUGUCCCAGGAAAUGCUCUGCUAGUAACAGAAUUAUACAUGCCAAAGACCAUGCCUCUAUCCAGUUGAGCAUUGCUGAUGUUGACCCCCAAACUGGAAUCAUGACUGACCAAUCUAGAAGUUAUGCCCUCUGUGGAGCUAUCAGAAGAAUGGGAGAAUCUGAUGAUUGCAUUGUUAGGUUAACAAAAAAGGAUGGAGUCCUUGCUAAGUAUGUACCAUUUGACAAUAUUUUAAAGUAUCACUAA